GCUGGCCAUAUGCGCUGUUCCACAUGCGGAUUCGUGUCAUGGCAUCGAAAGAGCAACGAUACACGUUGUAACGGGGCUGGCAAAGGAUAGCAACUGCCGCGCACUGCCGACUACACUACCUAUCUCUCUUUGUCUCUCCCUUGCUUCCUUGGUGUGUCUCUGGAAAGCGGUUCCCGCGUCUUCGAUCGUUCCACCUGCAAAACCAUGCGUCGGCGCCACACGGCUUCGCACUGCCCACCUGCUGCCAACCGUUGGCCGUCUCAAAGGGCUGGAUCGGAGUUCCUGUCACCGCAUGUCCCUCGGUCAAUCUCCCGCAUCUCGGUCCAGCUUUCCUCCAUCCCUUGGCUUGUCUGUCGCUGUGAUGUCUCCAGUCUCCCAAAGUGGACAAGUUCCGCGCGCAUCUUCAGGCACCACCGUCAUACAGGUCCCGCCAAGAUAUCCAAAGCAUCAUGCACCAUGGGCAGAAUCGGUCUAGGUCUCGUGUCGUCCGAUGAUGUGGGAAGGGGUAGAAGAAGGCAAAGGGUCUUAGUGGCGGGGCCGCAGCCGGGCUUACACUACAGCCUUUACUUCAAGUGCCGGCGCGAGAUGGAGCAAAUAGUCGGCUUAGGCCACUCCGCACUCCACACUCCGCUGGUAGGUGGGCUAUGGAAAGAAAGAAAGAAAGAAAGAAAGAAACGAACGAUAGUGGUAAAAUGCAGACUCGGCGGGCCUCUAUCACAUCACUUCUCACCUAAGCGGCCGAGCUGUUAACUGUCAGUUGCUAGCGAGCGUAUCCAUCGGGACUGGGGCUGAGAAGCUGCCGGUUGCUGCAAGUAGGGAAAAAGGGUGACAACAACGCCCGACCCAAUGCGGGCUGUCACAGAUGGGAAC